AAUGAUCUUCAAAAAUGAAUGAACAGAAUGGAUGAAGCACAUACAUCAUGGUGGGGUCCACAGAGCAGCCAAUCCGUUCCCGGGAUCCACCCAAGCCACGCCCGGGAGAACUCACCACUUGCAGAUAAUGUACCACAGCUUGAGGGAAUGGCUUUGAUUUCGAUGCAUGAGAGCACAAACCAGAUCCAUGACAUGUUACAAGAUGGAAAUUCAUCCGAAAAUCCAAAGCUCGGAUACAUCUCGAAACUCUACAAGAAGCAUUACCCACCUGGCUUUUGCAAAAAGAUUCUUGCAGAGACAAUAGCAACGUUUUUACUGGUAUUUGUGACUUGUGGUUCGGCUGCAUUGAGUGUAAACAGCCAACAAGCAGUUCCAAAGCUGGGAGCAUCGAUUGCAGGUGGGCUUAUUGUGACGGUCAUGAUUUACGCAGUGGGCCACAUCUCGGGUGCGCACAUGAAUCCUGCGGUUACGUUUGCCUUUGCAGCUAUCCGGCACUUCCCUUGGAAACAGGUUCCUUUCUACAUGAUAGCUCAGCUAACAGGAUCAUUGGUUGCCUCGUUUUUACUUCUCGAGCUGCUGGACCCCAUAACUAAUGUGGGGACCACAACUCCUACUGGAACAGAUGCUCAAGCUCUGGUGAUGGAGACAGUCGUAACGUUUUCCAUGAUGUUUGUCACGUCUGCAGUUGCGACCGAUACCAAAGCCGUGGGUGAGCUUGCAGGGAUUGCCGUUGGUUCUGCAGUUACCAUAGCUUCGAUCCUCGGCGGGCCAAUCUCAGGAGGAUCGAUGAACCCGGCAAGGACUUUAGGCCCCGCAAUUGCAAGCAAGAGAUACCAUGGGAUAUGGGUGUACAUUGUGGGUCCCGUCGCAGGGACGUUGCUCGGGGCAUCGUCCUACAAUCUAAUACGUGUGACGGAUAACCCUCUGCAUGCAGUCCGUUCACAAUCUCCGUCGUGCAAUUUCCGUCGCAUAUGGAGCAGCGAAACACCAGUUGCUGAAUUGAACUUUUCCGAUAGCCCAUGAUUUCAGAACGCUAAGCUGUAAGCCUGUAAUUAUCCUAAUGCUUGUUGAGUUUGUGUGUGAAUUGCUUUGUUUAAAGAAGCUCUCUCUCUCUCUCUC